ACGAUAUACAGUAGAAUCCGUUUAUUAUGACGCCGGCUAUAGUGACCAACCGCUUAAUAUGACGCAAUUGCAGUGUUAAGUUUAGUUUUCAUAUAAAACUCCUUGUAACAUUGUUCGGAUAUAAUGACUUCGCCUAUAAUGACAUGUCGGUUUUUAUGACCUAAUUCGAAGAAUUUUUUUCGGUUAUAGUGACGGCUCGAUCGUUUUCGCUAACCAAUCCAUCCCUUUCCAUAGGACGUUGAAUACGUGAUAUAGGUACGCGUACCGACAUGUUCGUUUUUAAUUUUCAGUCUAGUCGAUACCGUUGAGAGGUAGCGUUGAUAGUGCCGAAAUGACAUCGCAACGUCGUAAAGCAUUCAGUAUUGAGGAGAAAGGUGCAAUUUUAGCCAGACUAGAAAAUGGAGAAUCCAAUUCAGCUCUCGCAAAAGAAUUUGGUGUCGGUCAUUCGACAAUUUCAAUGAUUUUGAAAAACAAGGACCGAAUCAAGGAAUCAUUCAAUUCAAAUGUUCUAAAACCAAAAAAGCUUCGGAAAUCACAACAUGAUAACAUUGAUCAAGCGUUAUUGCAAUGGUUCAAAAUCACAAGAAAUAAAGGAAUACCUAUCAGCGGCCCUAUGCUACAAGAAAAGGCCAAUGUUUUCGCCUCUGGUUUUGGCAACCCAAACUUUAAUUGCUCUGCUAGCUGGAUAAGUCGAUUCAAAGUAAGACAUAACAUUGUGUCGGGCAAAAUUGUCGGUGAAUCCUCGUCCGUUGAUCAGAGUUCCACAUAUAAUUGGCUGACGACUGUAUGGCCAAAUCUGCGAAGACAGUUCUCUAAUGAAGAGAUUUUUAAUGCAGAUGAAACAGGCUUUUUCUAUAAAUUAUUGCCAGACAGAACUUUAAAAUUUAAAGGAGAAAAUUGUUGUGGAGGAAAGUUAUCCAAAGAGAGAUUAACCGUCAUGGUAGCAGCAAAUCUCAGCGGCACAGUGAAAAAAAAAUUAUUUGUUAUUGGCCGAUCUCAAAAACCAAGAUGUUUCAGUAGUGUUAAGUCGCUUCCAGUUGAUUAUGCAAACAACCGUAAAGCGUGGAUGACGUCUGAACUUUUCGAGAGAUGGCUUCGAGAUUGGGAUCGCAACCUAGUGAAGAAGAAGAAAAAGAUUCUAUUGCUGGUUGAUAAUUGCCCGGCGCAUCCUAAUGUUACAGAUUUGAAAUCUAUAACACUUGCUUUCCUACCACCCAACACAACAUCAGUCUUGCAGCCAAUGGAUCAAGGAAUAAUAAGGUCUCUUAAAUGCAAUUUCAGAAAAAAUCUUGUGCUUAAAAUGAUUAAUGGCCUUGAUUGUAAUCAAAACAGUCCUAUGAAAAUAACAAUUCUUGAUGCAAUUGUUAUGAUUAAUGAUGCCUGGAAUAAGAUCUCACAAAGUACGAUUUACAACUGUUUCAAACAUGCAGGACUCAUUGAAACCUAUGACGAUUUACCAGUCCGAGAAAUAGAAGAAAACGAAUUUGAUGAUGAAGAUGAUUUACCCUUAUCUUUGUAGGUACGAAAUCUAAAUUCAGAUUUGUUACCAGCACCGGAAGUAUGGAAGGAUUAUGUUGACAUUGACAGCAGCCUUAUGACAUACGAAGAACCCACAGAUGAAAAUAUUGUCAAAAAUAUAACAGAAAAUGAGCAGUAUGAAAGUGAUGGAGAAGAAGAAAUCGAAGAAGAUCGAACGCCUACAGCAGAAGAAACUCUGAAAGCUGCAGACUUACUAUCGAAAUUUGUUCACAGUCAGAUGGAAAGUGAUAAUUUGAACUGGGCCAUGUCUACCUUGCAUAAUGGUAUUAGGAGCUUCUAUUAUAAUUGCAAGAAAAAACAGAUGCAAACUAAAAUUACAGAUUUCUUUAGUAAAAAAUAAAAAAAAAUUACAUAUUGUACAUAUUUAGUAUUUUUGUAAUAGACGAUGUUUUUUUAUUAUUUUUUUUUAUUAAAAGAAUCGUACAAUUAAGGGCCUUUUUUUCAAA